AUGAGGUUUAGUGAGCCUGGGAAACCAGUGCGUGCUAGCAUGAGCUUUAGUGAGUCUGGGAAACCAGUGCGUGCUAGCAUGAGCUUUUGUGAGCCUGGGAAACCAGUACGUGCUAGCAUGAGCUUUAGUGAGCCUGGGAAACCAGUGCGUGCUAGCAUGAGCUUUAGUGAGCCUGGGAAACCAGUGCGUGCUAGCAUGAGCUUUAUUGAGCCUGGGAAACCAGUGCGUGAUAGCAUGACCUUUAUUGAGUCUGGGAAACCAGUGCGUGCUAGCAUGAGCUUUAUUGAGCCUGGGAAACCAGUGCGUGCUAGCAUGAGCUUUAUUGAGCCUGGAAAACCAGUGCGUGAAAGCAUGAGCAUUAGUGAGCAUGGGAAACCAGUGCGUGCUAGCAUGAGCUUUAGUGAGCCUGGGAAACCAGUGCGUGCUAGCAUGAGCUUUAGUGAGCCUGGGAAACCAGUGCGUGAUAGCAUGAGCUUUAGUGAGCCUGGGAAACCAGUGCGUGAUAGCAUGAGCUUUAUUGAGCCUGGGAAACCAGUGCGUGAUAGCAUGAGCUUUAUUGAGUCUGGGAAACCAGUGCGUGCUAGCAUGAGCUUUAGUGAGCCUGGGAAACCAGUGCGUGAUAGCAUGAGCUUUAUUGAGCCUGGAAAACCAGUGCGUGAAAGCAUGAGCAUUAGUGGGCAUGGGAAACCAGUGCGUGAUAGCAUGAGCUUUAGUGAGCCUGGGAAACCAGUGCGUGCUAGCAUGAGCUUUAUUGAGCCUGGGAAACCAGUGCGUGAUAGCAUGAGCUUUAGUGAGCCUGGGAAACCAGUGCGUGAUAGCAUGAGCUUUAGUGAGCCUGGGAAACCAGUGCGUGCUAGCAUGAGCUUUAGUGAGCCUGGGAAACCAGUGCGUGCUAGCAUGAGCUUUAUUGAGCCUGGGAAACCAGUGCUUGAUAGCAUGAGCUUUAUUGAGCCUGAGAAACCAGUGCGUGCUAGCAUGAGCUUUAUUAAGCCUGGGAAACCAGUGCGGGCUAGCAUGAGCUUUAGUGAGUCUGGGAAACCAGUGCGUGCUAGCAUGAGCUUUAUUGAGCCUGGGAAACCAGUGCGUGAUAGCAUGAGCUUUAUUGAGCCCUGGAAACCAGUGCGUGCUAGCAUGAGCUUUAGUGAGCCUGGGAAACCAGUGCGUGCUAGCAUGAGCUUUAGUGAGCCUGGGAAACCAGUGCGUGCUAGCAUGAGCUUUAGUGAGCCUGGGAAACCAGUGCGUGAAAGCAUGAGCUUUAGUGAGCCUGGGAAACCAGUGCGUGCUAGCAUGAGCUUUAUUGAGCCUGGGAAACCAGUGCGUGCUAGCAUGAGCUUUAUUAAGCCUGGGAAACCAGUGCGGGCUAGCAUGAGCUUUAGUGAGCCUGGGAAACCAGUGCGUGAUAGCAUGAGCUUUAUUGAGCCUGGGAAACCAGUGCGUGAUAGCAUGAGCUUUAUUGAGCCUUGGAAACCAGUGCGUGCUAGCAUGAGCUUUAGUGAGCCUGGGAAACCAGUGCGUGCUAGCAUGAGCUUUAGUGAGCCUGGGAAACCAGUGCGUGCUAGCAUGAGCUUUAUUGAGCCUGGGAAACCAGUGCGUGCUAGCAUGAGCUUUAGUGAGCCUGGGAAACCAGUGCGUGCUAGCAUGAGCUUUAGUGAGCCUGGGAAACCAGUGCGUGCUAGCAUGAGCUUUAGUGAGCCUGGGAAACCAGUGCAUGAUAGCAUGAGCUUUAUUGAGCCUGAGAAACCAGUGCGUGAUAGCAUGAGCUUUAUUGAGCCUGGAAAACCAGUGCUUGAUAGCAUGGGCGUGAUAGAAUGA